UGGACUGGACAAGGUUGUGCCGCCGCCGGAGCAGCGCGCCAACCUGGUGAAGGCGAUCCAUGUUGACGUCGGGCACUAUGGGGUAAGCAAAACUUACUCGUUGCUGUCACCAACGUAUUUCUGGGUCAACAUGUUUGCAGACGUGCGGGCUGAGGUAGCCAAGUGCACGGUGUGCGACAGGGUUAAAGCCAGUUUUGAGGUCAAGGACCCAACGCUGAAACCGUUGCCCAUUAUGGGAAUGUUCUACAGAUGGCCCAUCGUCGGGGCCCGUGUACGGGACGUGUUGCACACCGUGGUGGAUCUGGACUCCCCGCAGGUGUGGGCAACCGUCGUUGAGGAGCGCGCCCGACUCUUUAGGGAGGAGAUGCCGAUAGCCUUCAACAACCUCGCGAUAGCGCAACACAGAGACAUGCUGCGUUACGCGCACAAGAGGUGCUCUUUCGACUGUGCGAUACUGGAUUGGGUUCGUCUAGAGGCACCGGCAGGUUCAGAUCAAGCAGGUAUCAUGUCCCUAGCCUGA